AUGACCAAUGAGGAAGCGUUAAAUGGCGUGUCAAAUUUGAGAUCGAUUAAAUCGGAUCAAAUAUAUCAUCAUACCAAAUGCAAAAAUAUUGAAGUCAACGUAGGUUUCGAUGUAAAAGUCAAUUGUCGGGCACAUCGUCAACCAUUGGACAAUGAUGUGUGUGGAACACAGCGAUCUGGAACUGGAGCUUGUCUUGUCGCCUGGUAUGCAGUCAUUUUUACUCAGUAA